UCAAUAGCAAUAUCGAAUUUUGUAGAUGAUGAUGAAAUAUACGUCUUAGCACUUUGUCUUGCUUUGAUGCAAGUGAAUUUCUUAAUUAUGAUGACGAAAACCAACAUGUUAGCGAUGACAAAACUGACUUAG